GUAAAGUUAUGAAUGUGUACAUUGUAAAUAAAUGUAAUAAUUAAAAGUAGAUUUGCAAGCAAUUUUAAACUUUAUAUUCAAAAUACAUUUGGUAGAAUGGGACCUAGCCCUACAAAUAAACAACGCACACCAAGCAGAUGCAGAGAAUGGGAACGUCAACGACGCAUAAAAUUUAAUGAUGCAAUUUCAACACUUGGAGAAGUAGUGAAAACUAUAAACAAGGCUAACAACAAUGAAGAAGCUGAUAAUGUUCAAUAUCCUAAGAUUGAAAUAGUGCAAAAAGCUAUAGUUUGCCUCUCAAACUUUGUACAAGAAAAAACACAGCUAAAAGCAGACAUAUUAGCCUUAGAAGUGAAAUUAGAAGCAAUUGAAAAACAAAAAAAUAAUAAGAGGGAUGUUUCAAUACAAGUUACUCUUGGGAUAAAUAAGAAAGGUCAAAAUGGUAAAUGUGUAAAAUUAAUUAUGCAACAAAAACCAAAAGAAAAAAAGGAUUCAUCUAAGUAUAAAUGUCCACCAAAGUUACCAAAGUUAUUACCAAUAACUAAUCUGAAAAAAGAAAAUACUAUUGUUAUGUUGCCAGCUACACCAUAUAUAUUUCCACAGAGGCCUGUUUUGUUUCCUCAAGGUCCAACAAUCGUAUUGGUAGAUACAAGUCUUCAGCAACUAAAUAAGCCAACCACAAUUCCUAUUAUUAAUAGAAAUAUGAAUGACAUCACAAAAACAACAAUGGUUAAUGUGCUACCAAUCUCUGCAUACUCCCAUCCAUUAUCAGCUAAAAUUAAGAAAAGUAGCACCAAAACAAGGAAUAAUACAAACCGAAAAAAUGCUAAAAAGACCAAAUUAAUUGAAUCGAUAGAUAAUAAAAAAGAGGAAAAUGUAGAAAGCAAAGGAAAACCCUUUGAAGAAUUGAGUAAAAGCGAUGAUAAUAGUUCUAAUGAUAAGAAAGCCACAACUACUGAAGCAGUCAUAAAAACUAGCAAAGACACUUUAAACACAGAUAAACCAAAACUUCCUGAAUCUGAGAAAUUUGAUACUGAAGACACUGCGAAAGAGAUUAUUACAAAAACGGAUUCUAAUACAACUCAAGACGAAAGCUUUACCAGCCAACCAACAUGUUCUGAAUCUUCAAUUAGUGAUUCAAAUAAGGAAACCAUUGUAAUACUACCGAAAUUCACUACUGCUGCUGAAAAACUUACAAACUCUGUUAUAAUACAAGAUGCUUCUACGAAGAGUUCUAAAAUUCCUCCUGACAAAGAUGCAGUGCAAAAUGAAUUCAAAAAUAAGGAAAACAAGAUGCACACUAUUAUUGAUACCACAAUAUGUGAAAGUGUUGUUGAUGGUGGAAAUGCGCGUUUGGAAUUAGCAGAAGAGCUCUUAGCUGCAUCGCCGACUGCAGCUUUCUUGAUGUCUUUUCCAUUAGUAAGUGGAAAUAGAGCAGACAGUCCUGCAGAGGAGGCUCCGACUACCAAUGUCAAAGAAACUAACCGAAGAAAUGAAACACCAUCACAACAAAUCUCUUAUUUUGAUAAAUCAAAUACUGAAAUUAAAAGCAAAACUUCUAGCAAAUCUCACAAUACUACUAUUCCUACGUCUGCUACUAAUACUGUUUCCCAUAAAACAACUGAACAGCAAAAAUGUGAAACUACUAAAACAUCGAAUGCUAAAAUUGCUUCAGUACCUGCGACAACAAACGAGAAUCCAUUUUUAAAUUUACCUUCAAUAAUACCAUCGAGUUGUACAUUAAUCGACUCAACAUUCGGUUUAGACUUUGACUGUAAUAGUACUAAAGCAAGUCAAGCAACAAAUUACACCACAUCUAAUAAUAUAUUCUACAAAAGUGAUCCCUUUAACACAGUUAAAAGUACUAUAUAUAGUACAAGCAGUAUUUCCUCCGGUCAUGAGUUUAAUAGUUUAGGAUUAUAUCCAUGUGCAAUGGAAAAUUGCUCUGGUAAAAAUAAAUCUGAUUACUCAAACGUAGAAGACAACCUUAUGAAAAUUAAUUCUUCAAGGUUAACCUAUGAUAUUGAUUUAGGUUGGUCUCAUAAAGGUUUAGACUUUGUUAACUGCACAACUGGUACUAACACGUUACACAAAGAUACCAUUCUUACAACUGCUGCUACCCCGUUUUCAACUGCUUAUAAUCCAUUUAAUCCAGACUUCCAUGUACCUUUAGUAUCAAAUCCAAGCAAAAAAAACCCAGUUACUAAAGCUAGUACUUUUCCUGAACCCAUCUCUAGCUUUUAUUCUCAGAGUACUAACUUGUGGCCAGAGGAUGUUUCGUCUAUACACACAAAUAGCAAUGUCUCAAGGAAUUUUAUACAGAAACAACAAAACUAUUUUACUCCAGAAAAUAUAAAUCCAAAUAUGAAUUCAAAGACUGGCAUUGCGAAAUUUGAUAACAAAAGUAUGACAGAAAAUACUCCCAAUAUUGUUAAGUCGUCGCCUGUUGUAGACCAGCAUAUAGUCGAAAAAUAUACAAAAAAAUCUCCAAACAAAAUGCAUAUAAAUUGGAUGACAUCAGAAAUAAGACCUUUGCAAAAUAAUUGUAACCAAAACCAAACCAAUUUAAAAGAGUCAGUCAAAAUCCCUUAUUCUCAAGUAGAUCAAAUUACUAAAAAACCUUCCCAGAAUGAUAGUUAUUUUCCUAUCAAUAUGCAUAAUUUCCCAACUCAGUCUAACCAUGAAGAACAUCAGGUAUGGCCCACAGCUCGGCCAGCUGGAACUACAGAAAUUAGUAUUGAACCACCUCCAAUAAAUCUGCCUACUUUGGUUGGAGACUUGGCUUUAGGUCCACAUGAUAAAAAGAAAGGCGAAAUUGGAAAUAGGAUCUUACCACAUUCAGAAUUACAAAGCUGCGGAAAUUUUCUAUCCGUUACUCAGUUAAUGAAUCGUUCAAGCGAUAAUAUGCCUUCUCGCUCCAAUGGGCCUAUUAACGAACCACAUAAAUCGAUAUCAUCAAAACAAAAUAUAUCCCAUGUUGUGAACGAAUCGAACAGAAAACCGAUGCUCGCUCAUCCGCAAAUCUGUUAUGGUUUUAAUGACUCAAAAGUUACUAAUCCUUAUGAAAAUAUAACUCAAUUUUCGCAAACCAAAUGUAAAUCUAAUAGUAAACCGGAUAAAAGUUCCAAAGCGCACAAAAACAAUUAUUCAGCUGAGGCGUUAAUACGUGGCGGUUCAACAUGCAAUCAAAAAUUGCACGACAACAAUAACAUAAAAUUCAUGGGAAAUCCACAGAAAUAUAAUGACUUCAAUGUCUCACACGAUAGUGGAAUUGCUCAGGUGUCACAUUUUCCUCCGAUACUUGACUAUUCUGAGAAUAACUUUGCAGGACAGCAAUUAUCAGGAACAACAUUAUACAAUUCCACAACAAAUACGAUAUCAAAUUCAUUUUAUUCAAAUUUUAUGCCUGGAAGUAGUAAUUUAAUGGCUGGCAAUUAUGCAGGCGGCUCGUUUUCAAGUGAUUUUGUAGAUUAUAGUCAAGUAGCAGAAUGUAAUUACACAAACCAGAAGUAUAAUGAAAUAAAAAUGAAAAACAAUACGAGCACAUUUCAACAAGAUAAGGAACCAUCUAAUUAUAAGAUAUCAAGAAGAGAGUCUGCACCGAAACAUAAAUUAGAAUUUUCCAAAAAGGAAUCUAGUAAGAAAUACCAAAGCAAGAGGCCUAAACUAACAAACGAAGUUGAAGAGUGGAACGACAGUCAUUUACUGUGGCAGAAUAAGACGCCAGCUAAAAGACAUCAAAACUUGAUGUCAGAAGAGCUAACAUUCUCAAACUAUGUUGGAAAUCAAAUGCCAACACAGUAUCAGCCUGAUUUUUUCAAUAGUCACUUAAUGCAACCAAACAUACAAAAUGUAGGACCAAGUGCUGAUCGAUCUUUAUCAAGCCUGCCGGUAGCUUCCCGUGCUAACUUCAAUCUCAGCGCAUUGUUUCCAGAAAUAACUAUGAAGGUGCAAUGACAUUAGGUUACAAUGGCAUAUGAUUAAAGUAUACGCGUUACGCAACUGUGAUUAAGCAACUAAUGUUAUUAAUAAAAGUAGCUAGUUGAAAAAAUAAAUUUUACC